AUGUUCUUGUUUCACCUAUUUUCCCUCAUAUUUAGUCUAAAUAUCAUAUAUGUGUUAAUAUAUUUAAUUAUACACUUAGAAUAUGAUACUAAAAUCGACUUUGCAUAUAUUACUUGUUCAAAUAUUUUGUCUUCUCCUUUAAACAUAUUCACUCAACUUUAUCACUUGGGAUAUACACUUUUAAACAAAUUAUUUGGAUUUGACAAUUCAAGUUAUAUAGGCACUUUUGUUAAUAAUAAACGAAAAUUGUCUAAUGCUAGAGAUUGUAACUUUACAUGGGUAUAUUACCUUUUAUUUAUGAUAAUUUUAUAUGAAAAUAAGCUUUCAUAUAAAAUUAUCAUAAAUUCCAUUUUAGGGAAUCAUUUACCAAUCUCUAUAAGCGUUACAUUAGUUCAAAACCAUUUUUUCUACAAAUACCGAAUCAUCUUUUUAGUAGUGGAAACUUUUCUAACUCUACCACACUCUCUAAUGUUUGAUCAUCCCAGUUCUUAUGACAUAAAUCAAUAUUAUAUACUUAGAUAA